UGAGGAUGAGGGUGAGGCUUUGGUGCGUGGUAGCCACCAAUGCUAGUGGCCUGCUGGGUGGGCUCGUACACAGCCGGGGCACUGGACAUGUACUCGGCAGUUGGAUGAGUAGCCUCAUAGCCACCGGCAAACAGAGCCAGACCAGAGAACAACUGGCGGCCGGAUGUUCCAAGACCCUGGGCAUUGCCGCUGACCGCGGCAGCACCCAUGAAGGUCUGAGCGAACGCCAUUAUGACCAGCGUGUACGUGGUAGUUGUCCGAGAAACCAUGGUUUAUUAUAUUUAGCCUUUAACUAGUUGGCAAAGUGA